AGACGGUUGGCGAAGAGAGCACGGGGAGCACGGCACGCGCUCCCAGCUCGCGCCUACGGGUUAUUUAUGUAGAUUUAUCUGCAAGACCCCACUAAAAGCUGCCAGCAUUCCCACCCAUACACACAGGACCCUUUUAAAGUCAGUUAAGCCACACACUUGAUGUCCCUCUCAGUGGAACUGCCAGGCUCACUGCUCCGUUACAUCAUAAAUCCUGAGUCGGGCUUAUUACUCAGACCCACCGAGGGGAACAGCACAGUAGCUGGCACGGGAUGAAGCGGCUCCGGCUGCCAACACCAGACAGGAGAUAAAAGACAUAAAAGGACUCGCAAAGGGGAGAGAGGGAGAGCGACGGAGGGAGGACGUCGGGUCGAGGGACCCUUCGAGGUCGACUUUCAGGAUGUCAAGGCGAAGGCGAAGCACAAGUUUUACUUGAGAGCGUCAUGAGCUAGUGAGGGGCUCCUCGGACCGUUAUCCAAACAUCUGUCCCACGCGAAGGCAGCGCAGCCUCCUGCACGCCGGGCCCGCUCUGAACGCCUGCUAUGCUCCUGUAAGAAGCGCCAGCCAUGCCGGCCAAGGGGAAGUACCUGCUGAACGAGCAGGAGCUGAAAAAUGAGGCGCUGUAUCGCAAGUUCUCCAGCCAGUACCAGCCGCUGGUGCUGCUGCUGGGCCUCUCCAUGUUCUUCUGCGUCAUCCUCCUCGUCCUCUUCCUGGCCUUCCGACUGAGCGCGAAGGAGCACUGUGCCUUUGUGAGUGUGGUAAGCGGCAGCCUGUGUGUCUUUCUGGCCUUGUUUGUGCUGGUGUAUACAGAAAUACUCCCACAGCGAUGGAGACGCCUGCUGGGCCUGGUUGUCUGGGUCACACACCUCAUCAUGGGCUUUACAUUCAUCUUCUCCAGCCCAGGCAUCAUCUUGCCUUGGGACCAGGUGCCUUUCUUCCUCUUCAUCAUCUUCACCGUGUACACCAUGCUGCCGAUCCAGCUGCGGUACGCCGUGGUGCUGAGUGCCAUCUCCUCCCUGUCUCACAUCAUGGCACUCACGGUGCGCCUCACGGUCUACAGCGAACGCAGUCCUCACCUUGCUAACCAGCUAGUGUCCAACGCCGUAGUGUUUCUGUGUGGCAUUGGGGUUGGAGCCUUCCAUAACGUCUUGAUGGAGAAAACCCUGAGGCAGACCUUCCAAGACACCCUCAGUUCCCUGAGCAUGAUGGUGAAGCUAGAGAUCGAGAAGAGGCAGCAGGAGAACCUGCUGCAGUCGGUGCUGCCGGUCUACAUCUCCAUGAAGAUGAAGCUGGCAAUAUUGGAGCGCCUGCAAGAAUGUAAAGACAAAGAGGAGAGACAGCGGCUGGUGAAAGAUAAUAACUUCCACAGCCUUUAUGUCAAGAGACACGAGAAUGUCAGUAUCUUGUAUGCCGACAUCGUCGGCUUCACCCGCUUGGCCAGUGACUGCUCUCCCAAGGAGCUGGUUAUCAUGCUCAAUGAACUCUUUGGCAAGUUCGACCAAAUAGCCAAGGAAAACGAGUGCAUGAGGAUAAAGAUCCUUGGAGACUGCUACUACUGUGUGUCGGGGCUGCCUGUCUCUCUGCCCAAACACGCCAAGAACUGCGUCAAAAUGGGUUUGGACAUGUGCGAAGCCAUCAAGCAGGUGCGAGAGGCGACGGGCGUGGACAUCAACAUGAGAGUGGGCGUGCAUUCAGGCAACGUGCUCUGCGGCGUCAUCGGCCUUCGCAAGUGGCAGUUUGACGUGUGGUCGCAUGACGUCACCCUGGCCAACCACAUGGAGGCAGGAGGCCUUCCAGGACGCGUCCACAUCACAGAGGCGACUCUGAAGCACCUGAACAAGGCCUAUGAAGUGGAGGAGGGCAACGGCCACACACGGGACCCCUACCUAAAAGAGCUCAAUAUCCGAACCUACGUGGUCAUAGAUCCACGGACCAAGGAUCCAUCACUGAACAGUCGCAGCGCUCCCAAGCCUCGCAUGAAUGAUGGUCUGAAGAUGCGUGCGUCCGUGCGCAUGACUCGUUACCUGGAGUCCUGGGGGGCCGUCAAGCCUUUCGCCCACCUCCAGAGCAGAGACGGGUUCACCCCAGACUCCAUUGUUCACGCACACAUCAAGGACAUCCCACUGCGAACAGCCCCAGCCAGACCCCCUGACAGCUUUGAUGAGUCUCUAGAGGAGCCGUUCUCCUUGCCCACACCAUCACUCAGCAGCUAUAAGAACAAAUCCCAGAAGAGCAAGUUUGAUGAGGAGCUGCACAAUGAGAUAACCACUACCAUAGAUGAGCUCAGCAACAAGCAGUGGUCUAGGUCUGAAGAGAGCGGCAGCUUCGGUCUGAGGUUUCCAAAGAAAGAUCUGGAAAAACAGUAUCAAGCCCUGGAUUUACCAUUGUUCAAAUACUAUGUGGUCUGUGCCACCUUCAUCUUCAUUUGCAUCUUUGUGGUCCAGAUGUUGGUCACCAAAAAUCACCAGAUGUUGGCCAUGUCUUUUGGGGUCUUGGUGUGUGUGCUGCUGCUGACCCUGGCCAUCUGUUUCGCCGGUCACCUGCAGCGCCUGUUCCCGGCGUCGCUGUCGCGGUGCCAGUGGCUGCCAGCGGUUUCGGAGGCGGUGGUGAAGCGGCCGUGUGUGCGCCUGCCUCUGGCCACCGUCACCACGGCGGUCGUCAUCGUCCUGGCCGUGUUCAACCUGUGCUUCGUCCACACCACCGUCCCCGACAGUGUCCCAUGUCCCACAAAUGAGUCUGACACGCAGCAGCUAGCGGAAAACCUGGCCUACCUGCCAUACUCUGUGUACUGCUGCAUCCUGUCACUCAUUGCCUGUGGAGUGUUCCUGCGGGCGAGGUUCGAGCUCAAGGUGAUCUUCCUCAUCCUGGCCUUCACGGUUUAUUACAUCCUCAUCCUCAGCACCAAGAGCAACCUGUUCGAGGCCUAUGGGAACGUCCUCUAUGCUCAGACCAAUGGCAGCUGUAACUGCAGCAGCGUGGAGCAUGAUGACAUUCUGGAAUGUAUAGGGCUGGUGAAACACCCGCAGGCCAUGAGCUGCAUAUACAUCAUCCUGUUCCUGGUUACUAUGCUAAUCAUCGCACAACAGAACGAGUCCUGCUUCCGCCAGGACUUCCUCCUAAAGCACAAGAAUCGCACCGAGCAGGACGAGAUCGAGACCAGGGAGAACCUGAACCGCCUGCUGCUGGAGAACGUGCUGCCGGCCCACGUGGCCUCACUGUUUAUUGGGGAGAACAAAAAGAACGAGGAUCUCUACUACAAGUCCUAUGACUGCGUGUGUGUGAUGUUUGCCUCGGUGCCAGACUUCAAGGAGUUUUACACCGAGUGUGACAUCAACAAGGAGGGCCUGGAAUGCCUGAGACUGCUCAACGAGAUCAUUGCCGACUUUGAUGAGCUGUUGUCCAAGCCCAAGUUCAGCAGCGUGGAGAAGAUCAAGACGAUUGGCAGCACUUACAUGGCCGCCGCGGGGCUCAGUGGGACGCCCGGUCAGGAGAACAAUCAGGACAAAGACAGGCAGCAUGCCCAGAUAGGGAUCAUGGUGGAGUUCGCCAUCGCCCUGACUGGCAAGUUGGACGGCAUCAACAGACAUUCCUUCAAUAGCUUCAGGCUUCGUGUGGGGAUCAAUCAUGGCCCGGUGAUCGCCGGAGUGAUCGGUGCCAGGAAACCUCAGUAUGACAUCUGGGGCAACACGGUGAACGUGGCCAGCAGGAUGGAGAGCACCGGGGAGCUUGGGAAGAUCCAGGUGACGGAGGAAACGUCCUCGGUGCUGCACAUACUCGGCUACUCGUGCGAGUGUCGAGGCCUCAUCAACGUCAAGGGGAAAGGGGAGCUGAAAACCUUCUUUGUGUGCACCGACAUGAGCAAGCAGCAAGGCAUGGGGCUGAGCUGAGGCCCGGCCAGCAGACCUGGACACAGACUCAUGCACGCGAGUGAGCGGCUUGGGAGACUCCUGCACCAGACGUGACUGUAAUACAAGCGUGUUCUAGUGAUGUCCAUGAGACUCAGCUCAGGAACAGCUGCUCGUUGGUAGGUGUCCCACCUGGGCAGGUUGCGCUGAAGUCAUGGUUAGUAGGUUCAAUCGCCGUCAGUUACUUUGUACCUUUCAUGUCUUUUCUUUAGAUGUCAUUUGUGAAAGAAUGUGUCUCGUACUAAUGCCAAAUGCAGUCGUGUACGUCUGGUCCUUUUUAAAGGCAAAAGUGGAUUCGCUUUGGGUCAUAAUCUGAAACCCAUCAGGUCUGAAGAGGGUGGACACUGCUCUGUUACUGUGUAAUGAGCAAGACGUCUGUGAAGCACUUACGCAAAGAUGCUCCUUCCCUGUUACUGUAUCCUCAGCACCGCUUAGGUUUAAGAGCAACAACUCUUCAUGUCAAUAUCCUUUAGGUUCUAGCUGUGCAAUCUUUACAAUAUUUGCUGCAGUUCAGGAUGAGGCAGGUGAAACCCUGUACUGUAUAUAUUACAUUUUACUCUGCUGAGAUAAGAAGUAGUUUGCAUAUGUAUAUGCUGCAGUGAGGGAACUCGUUGCACAUUAUCCUCGGUCUGUGUGAUCUGACAACCUGCCUGCUGUGAAUGUCUCUGGCUCCAGCUCAGCUCACCUGAACUGACCUGGGUCGCUCUCUGUGCCUCUGAAUACUUGAUCUGUCUCGUGGCCUUACCUUUUGACACCAUUGUCUUGUCUAUAUUUGUGGUUGUAUAAUAACAGUGUACUGGCCUUCAUGUGAACAAAUGUGACAUUGGAUUUUUGUACAGUUGCAGAAUGUAAUAAAUGUUUUCAUAUGUC